AAUUCCUUCGUUUUAUUCUAUGUACUAGUAAUAUUCUCCGUCUAAGAUACGGGAAAGAAAUGAAGAUAGGCAAGCGUAGAUUUUGCGAAUUUUCGCCAAACAAUCCCAACUGAUGGUGCCUUGGAAUGUUUUAGCAAACGUGUUAAGUGUGCUGUUGACUUCUCGCAGAGUUACUGUUGUACUAAUAUCGAGGCGAUGCGUUUUAAUUAUUCAAAACAAAAAAAAUCACUAGUAGAAUAGCGCCGAUAUGAGGAGGAAAGAAAAGCCAUAUUUACAUCAUAUAUACAUGGAAAACUCCACGCGUUAUAAAAUAGUUAUUAGUUUUAACAAUUACAGCAUGCCGAAUCGUUAAUUUAUUACGUCUGGACUUGAAAUCAGACCGCACUGCGCUCGAUGAAUCGGAAGGGAAACGAGAUAGGGAAAAUAUAGUUUUUUUUUUACUACAACAAGCUUCAGAUUUGACAUGAUGCAAAUUUGGGGUCGAGUUUCUCCUCUAAAGAUCACGGCCUUUCAUAUCAUGUAUCCGGAUGAGAUUUUUCACUUAUCGUUUCAUUUAUCAUUAAUUAUUUCAUUCCCUGCACAAAUUCAAAUACAGCGACUUAUGCAGCUUUUUUGAAGUUUUUGUUUCCUUUGAAAAUCGCAUUACGUCCAUAAAAAUACUACUAGAACAAGAGCUUCUUGAUUGCGCGCGCGUGAUCACCACGCACAUCUGGACAAUGUCGCGCGUUGAUCAUAAUAGAGGUCUUUGAACAUGUAUAGUGAUAAUAAUGUACGGCAAAAACAGAAAAGGGCCCACAAUUUAAAUUUACCUGUUAGCUCUUUCUUGUUUAGCAGGUGCAAAGGAGAAUAUCGGCGCUCGAAAAUAAAGAAAUUCUCCACCGCGCGCUCUUAAAACUCGCGCGCGCAGACAAAGUCUCAUUUGACGUCGCUUUGAAACUACUAAAUAGGUGAAAUCUCAGCAUCCCAUAGGAAUUAAGCCCUUGGUAGAAAUUUCUGUGAUAUCUAUUUCAAUGUUUUGUCAUUACUCUUUACAGGAAGUAACAAUGGAUAAUUUCAUGAAAAUAAGUCCCAACAUCAAUAUUCACUGCUGUAGACAUUCAAAAAUACUGAAGCCCUCCCGAAAAUAACUCCUCAACAUCCCAAAUAUACAUUCCUUAGACGCAAAAAGGCUUCAGAUAGUAUACCCAUAUAGAAUGGGCCAAUAUUGAGACUACCUCAUAAGAUUGACAAAACUUCUUUUGAUCAUACUCUCCCUACUUUACUAACAUACAUUCAAAGACUUUUGAUAAGUUGACGACCGCACAGCUCGUUCAAUUUUGUGUUUUAUGUUAUCAUGUUUAAACACACAUUAUGUUUCUUUUUGUCAUGAUUUAAUUAGAAAAAAAGGGAAAAGCUUGGAGUUGUGCUGAAAAUGUUGAUGAUGUAUGAAUCAAAGAGAACCUAAAAUAAAGAAAAAGGAAAACGAAAGAAAGAGAAAAGAAGAAAGAACACGAAGAAAAAAAAAUAAAGAAAAACAAAUUUAAAAUUGUGACCGGAAGUGAUGCUAAUUCAUUCAUGUGACGUUUUCCGGUUUCUUUUGCCCGCGAAGCAAAAUGCCCGUCGCCAGCGGAUGUGCCCAUGGCCACAUCAAAUGGAGGUUGUUCUUAUCUCGACUUCUCUUCGACCAUAUUGUUUUUAUCCUGAUUGAAGACGAAAUACAAGGAAAUUGGCCCUUUUUCGUUGACCUUGGUCACUUUUAAAGAAAAGCCAUUCUUCCUCAACUGAUUAGUGAUGGGUGGAUAAUCCAGAUUUAUCGUAAAGAUGAGUGAAGCUGCGAAGGAGCGUGUGAUCGCGCUCGGAACCCAGUUUAACUCGAUGGAACACUCCAGCGCGGACGACCCAACUCUGGUGACUUUCGAAUCGGGAAGUCCGAGAAAAUCCUUUUGGAAAAGAAACACAAGUAAAUUACCCGGAAGUAUAAAACCCGCUCAUGGUGCUCAAGAAUUAUUGUCGACGACUUCAACAAGUGUUCCCUCGACCGCUAGUCACCCUGCAAGUGUCCAUGGAAAGGUCAAACCGAAGCCACUGAGUUUUCAAGAAUUUAAUAGUAAAACAAGUGAUGCGUGGGGUGAGGAUGAUGAUGAUGUAAUUCGGGUGGACCCAGAAGAAAAGAAAAAUUUCCAAACAGAAUCUCGUGUCCGUACAGUUAGUGGGGGUGAGGUGAGAUCUAGCAUUCCACCAAGUGUGACGUCAACAGAACCAAAGAAGCUUCCAGAACAGUUGGUCAAGAAAGAAGAACACAAAACGUCAAGACCGUCUCCACUGAGUUUACUGACACGGCACAAACAUCAGGCUUCUUCCUCAAAGUCUUCUGCCCACUCCCCACCCCCUCCCCCUGUCAAUUUACAAUCUCCUAAGCCCCCAUCGCCAAUCAGAGCAGUCAAACUGGAAUUUCAGGAUCAAGAAAUAUACAAGCUUGAAAAGUUUGGCAAGCUGCUAGCCGGCCCUAACACUGACCUAGAUGCAAUAAGAAAACUCAGUUGGUCAGGCAUUCCAGUCACAGUACGUCCAACAACAUGGCAGCUGCUGUGUGGGUACUUGCCAGCAAAUAUAGAUAGAAGACAAGCAACACUGGAUCGAAAACGAGAGGAGUACCGCAAUUUUGUCAAGCAGUAUUACCCUACGAGAUAUGAGGACACCUAUCACGACACUUUUAGACAGAUUCACAUAGAUAUCCCAAGAACAAACCCUCUCAUUCCUCUUUUUCAACAGCCUUUAGUACAGGAGAUCUUUGAGAGAAUCCUGUAUAUCUGGGCAAUCCGUCACCCAGCCAGUGGCUAUGUCCAAGGAAUCAAUGAUCUUGUUACACCUUUCUUCGUGGUAUUUUUAUCUGCGUAUGUAGAUGGUGAUUUGGAGAACCAUGAUGUCUCUCAAUUAUCACAGGAAACUUUAGAUACAAUAGAAGCUGAUAGCUUCUGGUGCAUGAGCAAACUAUUGGAUGGUAUACAGGAUAAUUACACAUUUGCACAGCCGGGAAUUCAAAUGAAAGUCAAUGCACUCAGAGAACUUAUUCAGAGAAUCGAUGAACCUCUAAAUAAUCACUUGGCGAAAAAUCACGUUGAAUAUCUUCAAUUUGCUUUCCGAUGGAUGAACAAUCUUCUAAUGCGUGAGAUGCCUCUGAGAUGUACGAUACGGCUCUGGGAUACUUACCUGGCUGUAGAAAAUGGAUUUGCCUCUUUUCACUUGUACGUUUGUGCUGCGUUCUUGAAGCAGUUUUCAAAGGAUAUUGUUGAGGAGACAGAUUUUCAGGGGCUGAUGCUGUUACUACAAAAUCUCCCAACCAACAACUGGGACGACCAGCAGAUAAGUCUCCUGUUAGCCGAGGCAUACAGGCUAGAGUACAUGUUCGCAGACGCUCCGAAACAUCUACAACACUGACCCUCGUUGAAUGAAUCACUAUUUUUUUUUCACGGUGUAAAUACAGGGUACAUAUUCAGUUUAGCGCGUAGAAAAAUGUACUUUUGAAGUCGCCUGGAUGCCUCUUACAAGAGAGUAUUUUGUAAAGGAACUCGGUAAUAUGCUGUGAUGAGGACAUACAGAAGAUUUAGAGAAGGCAUCGACAACUCCCUUGACGAGUUUUGAGGGCAUGGGCUUCGCGUACAAUCCUCUCCCGUGCCCGUGCGUUGUUUGUCCAACGGUACACGGACCACGAGGUCACGUGCUAUUUGUACUGACGCCAUGUCCUGCGUGCAAAUGCGCGGUUUCUGUGACACAUCCUUUCAGUGACGGAGGGGAAAGCAGUCGCUGGUUUUGGCAAGUUCUUCCAAGCUGUCGUCGUGUUUUCGAUUCGUGUUGUUUAGUCAACAACUGGCUAGAGAACACACGAGUACUGCAAAACAGUGACGUCAACAUGACGCAAUUAAUGUGUGUCAGGUUGCUUAGCAACGUAGGAGACGAAAAACGCGCGCUAUGUCGAUUCUUGAUGACGGGAUAUCGGCAUCAACUUGUACAUGCAUGAUCUCCUUACUGCUUCAAACGUGACUACAGGUUUAGCGUCAGAUGAAUGGCAAUCGACAACAAAACAAUUAUUAGCCUCUUUGAAGGCCCGUGUAUACUAAAGAGGAGUUUUGGAUCCGCUCGAAUGAGAUUGGUACUUGCGACUACUUUCAUCCCUGCUGGGACCAGGUAGAUACUAGGCCGAGCUGGGAUGAAAGUUGACACGGUCAGUUAGAGUGCCGAUUUUAUCCGAGUCGUACCAAAACUCCCGUGUCAUGAAAAUGGGCCUUUUAGGCGCUCGGAUUGUGUUGAAACAGGCGUGAUCUAACGCCCUAACGGAGCGAAAAGGGAAACAGAGUUAAUAUUUCCGUUCGUUUGUUAACUUUUCCCGUCGGCACUCUUUAUUGCGCGUGUUUUUGCACAUUUUGAAGGCCUGAAAAAGUUCCAAAUGAAACCGUGAGGAACUGUAAACGUUCCCGUUGUUUUUCCUGUGGAGAAUAAUUAAGUGAGCGCGAGAAUAUGGCAUAAGUCAAAUGAUGUCAGUUCUCAAAACCAGAACUACAUAUUGUAGAAAAAAGAUUUAGAUGUUCGCGAAUUCUCGGUGUCGAUUUUGAUUGGUUAGAAGUCAGCUCCUUAUAGGGAAAUGUAUCCGCUUUGAGAUCACAUUACAAUAGUACGGCUGUCUAAACCAGCUUGGGCCCCGAUCAAAUUAUAUAUGUGUUAAAUCUACAAUGAGGCCAUUAUAUUUUUAUAAAUAUAAGCUCGUUAUUACUACAUCUGUGGUUGAAGGGGCUAGGUCAUGCAAUUUUAGGCAAUUUUAGAGCUGAUAACAAGUCAAUAACGGCUUUUCACGUCUAAAAGAGCCAUGGAUGGGCAAAAUGUGGAGAAUACCGGCAAACUUGAAAAUCAUCGGGCCGACGAUCUUCAGGUUUGUCACAAUUUGUAUGAAAAUGCCAUGUGUAAUUCGGAUAUCACUCUUGCGUCUUUUGUGGUCGUUGUCGUUUUGCUUUUUUGAAUUUUAGAGAUCAUAACUGAAAGAAUUGCCCAAAAUACCUUGACUGCGCCCCAUUAACAGCUAAACGUGUCUUCCGCGAGCCUUUGUUACCGUAAACCGUAGCCAAGCCUUUCCUCGGGCUAGAAAUAGGUUGAAUAUUUUUAUUUAAGUAGCAGCAAAUUAGAAAAAAAAAAUGUUUUAGUUGUUAGAUCAAACUGUCACAAAUGUGAAAUGUUCAACAGGCAAAUAUGUUGGAAAUAAAAAUUAAAACCUUAAGAAACUGCG